AUGUGUCAGAGAUCAGUUGAAUGUCUGGAUAUUCAUAUUAGAGCUUUCUCUCAUGUCACCUUUGCUGUUUACAUAAUAAUUUUAAUUUCAGCCAAUGAAGAGGGUCGUUUUAAGGAUGAGAUGGCUCCAAUUGAGAUGAAAUCCAAGAAGGGUGUUAAGGUGAUAGAUACAGAUGAACAUCCUCGAGAAACAAGCAUGGAAGCAUUGGCCAAGCUUCCUCCUGUUUUCCAGAAGGAUGGUCUUGUCAGUGCUGGGAAUGCCUCGGGAAUUUGUGAUGGAGCCGGUGCAGUAAUUCUGGCAAGUGAAGAGGCUGUCACUAAACACAACCUGACACCUCUAGCAAGGUUGGUCAGUUACCAUGUUUCAGGUUGUGAUCCAACCAUCAUGGGUAUUGGUCCUGUACCAGCAGUCAGACGAGCUCUGGAGAAAGCAGGCCUUCAACUAGCAGACAUGGACCUCUGUGAGGUGAAUGAAGCAUUUGCUGCACAGGUCCUGUCUGUACAAAGAGAAUUGGGACUUGACAUGGAGAAAACCAAUACCAAUGGGGGCGCUGUUGCUUUGGGACACCCUGUUGGGGCAUCAGGAAGUCGCAUCACGGCACAUCUUACCCAUGAAUUAAGGCGUACAGGUGGCAAGUAUGCAGUCGGAUCAGCAUGUAUCGGAGGUGGUCAGGGCAUUGCUGUCAUUCUAGAAAACACUAAAUAAUAACAAAAUCCUAAGCCCACCACCACAGACUGAGACAUUGCUAAACAUACAGAUGUCUGUGCUUCGCCGACUGGACUUGAAUGUAGCGAUGAAAGUGUAAUUUGAUCUGGUAACAUCACAUCCACACUAAGGGCCACACUGACAAUGAGUGCCCGAAUGUAGGAAGCACUGAGUGAAAAUUGUCGUUGACCAAAUUAAAUUGUGAACCCAAAUUCCCUUGAGAACCAGUCACAGGCUGUAAACGUCACUGGAUAUUUUGAUGGAUAACCUGUUUCUACGUACUGGGGAUUUACUUCGGUUGCAGGUUUGCUCUGACAUACCUCUGACGUCAAUAGUUGUUUGCUUAAAUAAAGACAAAUAGUAUCUUCCAUAAUUUUUAAACAUGAACACUGCUUGAUGGGUUAGGGUUAUGACACACUCCCAUUUAUUACUUUCAUCAAGGAAUUCACCUGUUAGUAAAAUUAGGCCACCUUUAGGAUGUCACAGGUUGUUGAGUGUUUGCCACGUACAGCUUGGUGUUGCACAGUUAUUCCAAGGACCCCUUGCCAGCCUCCCCCUAACCCACAUGUUGAACCUUUACAGUUAAAAAAAUAGUAUGAAACAAUUUUCUUCCUACUUUUUCACUGGCGUGGUUGCCUCUCCCACUCAUUUGAAAUAGUCUAGCAACACUCAUUCCCAUAACUCCUAGUUAUGAGUUUUAAAUCACAUCCUGGAAAAGUUGACCAUUGGCAUUUUGAACAAUGUGUGUACAUUCAAAUCUGUCAAUUAAGGUUUCAGGUGCUGCAUCGAUGAGUAAUUGGGGGAGAUCUGUCUCUUAGUGAUGCCAGUUUUAUUGCCUAAAAUGCAAUCUUUGGAGAAUUCGUUUUGAAGUUUCUACAUCGAUUUCAUUCAAAUAACUGAAACAGGUUUGCGAAUGUUUAGUUCAACAUGUGAAUACAUUUAGCUAAAUUCUGUCUGAACUCAAAUUUUGACCCGUCAUGUACUUCCUGGCAUUUUUUAUCUCAAAGCAAAUUUGAUUUAAUUCAACAAUAAUGUUAAUUGUAGAGGGAGAACCGACUUAUUCCAUUGAUGGAUUGAAUUGCUACACGUACAGUGUAGUUGUAUAGUUUGUAUUUCAUUGAAGGAAUGGACGUCAAAUAUUGUUUUCAGGAAAGUUGCAUGAAUCGAGUAUACUUCAAAAUAAAAACGGUUCGUCAGUUCACACAUUCCAUGUUGGUUAAAAUUCAGUAACAACUUUCAGUACGUGCCUAUUCAUCACGUUUGGAGAAUUUAAGAGCUGCAACGUUUGAAAUAAAAUGGUGAAUUAAAAUUAUUUCUGUUUUUUUAUUUCUUGACAGAAAUUUGAUUUGGAAAAGACUUUAGUGUUGCUCUUUAUAGGGUGUUUUGCACACUACCAUGAAGCACAUUUGACAGACUAGUGUUCCAUUUCUUAGGUCAUCUUUGGUCCAGGUUCGAUUCCCCGCCAGGUCCAUAUUUGGAUUGGGUUUACAGUCCCUACUUGACUCAAUUAUUAUUCAUUCACAAGUUAAAGCUGCGUUGCGUAUUCCAUGCAUCUCACUUUCACGGACACAAUAUCGAACCAUUAUCAUAACACCUGUACGUUGCGUUCGGCCGUCAAAAUCGCUCCCGGACGGAUACGCAACGCUUGGCGCAAGUGUGAUGACGCGCAUAUGGAGACGCCUCUAGACAGUGAAAAAUAUUCACGUGUAAUAUUCAGGGAAACUUUUCGUGAAUGUGAAUGUUUAUAGAUGUGUGAAGCAUCUUUUGAGCAAUGGAGCAUUUAAUUUUAAUUGAGAAGCUCGGGAGCUUGCAAUCUGAGAAGGAGAGCACAUUGGUCGCUGUAAGUCAUUUAAUUGAUUACUAUGAAUCCUAGCCAAGGAAAACUGCCAAUAGGGGUCAGUAAUUGUAUGUGACAUUAAUUUUGGAGUCGGGCAAUAGUUGACCUUGUUGAGAUUGGCCUGGGUGCUUAUUUUUUUGUGAAUGGAUGAUGAGUUGGCCUGAGGCCAGAAUUUAUCUUGAGAAAGACCCGAUGCCAUGGUGUUUUCUUUUGCUAAAAGGAUAAAUAAAGUAUUUUUUAAAGAAAGCCUGAAUUUGUUUCUAAAGACAACAGAGGCUUAAAGGAUGCUCAGCCUUUUAUUAGUUGAUUGUACAAGUUUAUAACGAUACUUGUUUCCAUCAGUGGCCUGUUUGUAACUUCAUCUUCUCUCCCUUUUCUGCCUUGGCGUACUGAAGAGUUGCAGAGCUUCUUUUAACUUUUGUCACACUGGUCUGAACAAAAGGGUCUUCAAAAUAAAGAAUAAAAAUAGGAGUGCUGACUUGAUGGGA